AUGGAUUUGGGAAAGAAAUCUCGUUUGACGCUCCAACAGACCCCUGAUCCUCAUCAAGAAAAGAACCACAUUCCAGAAGUCAUUGAAACUUGGAAUCUGCAAAAUGGAGAGCAACUCAGGAAAAGAAACACCGAAACCCAAGAAAAGCAAACUUCACAAUGGCAAUUUGGAGAGGAAAAAAAAAAAAAAAAGCGGCAGAGAACAGGAAAAGGAAAGCAAAGAAGUGGAAAAAGACAACAACAUACAGAAUUGAAGGGGGAACCUCAGUCACAGUUGGAAAAGGAAAUGAUGAAGAAAACACUGGCAGCUACAGAGAAUGAAAAUGAGUUAACGUGGAGUGUGACCAAAGCUCUCCCUUUGGUUGCCUCCCCACAAAGCGUUGUACCUGAGAAAAAAUGUUCUGCAAUAGGUCAAGAAAACAUUAUACAUCAGGAAAAUUCUUCUGAGUACCAUACAGUACAAAACAACCCUUCUGAAACAGGCCAAGCUAUGGCUGAACCUGAAGACCUCUCUCCUAAAAUGCACCAAGAAACAUUUACAGCCAAAGCCCUUCCUUCUAAAACAUAUGAAGACAGAGCUGGCAUGGAAGGAUGCUCUCUUGAAGCAUACCCCAAACCAGGUGUGCCUAAAAGCUAUGCUCUUAAAACAUACCAAAAAAGAGCUGAACCCAAGGAAGAUAGUACUGAACCAGGUCAAGGAACAGCUGGGACUGAAAGCUUCCUUCCUUCAACACAACAAGAAAUAGCUGUGCCUAAAGACGUUUCUACAAAAACAUACUACAAAACAGUUGAACCUGAACACUUUUCUCAUAAAGCAUAUGAAGAAAUUACUGUGCCUAAAGCCCUCUCUCAUAAGACAGUCCAAGAAACACCUGCUCAUGAAGAAUGUCCAUCUGAAAUAUACAUAUACCAAAAAACACCUGGGCCUGAAGACUGUGCACCUGACAUACACCAAGAAACAUCUGGGCCUGAAGACGGUGCACUUGACAUAUACUAAGAAAAACAAGGGCCUGAAGACCUCUCUACUAAGACAUAUGAAAAUAAGGAUGUGCCUAAAGAAUGCUUUCUAAAACCAAACCAAGAAGGUGGGCCCCAAGGCCAGGAUCCUAAAGCACACCAGGAAGAUGCUAAGAAUGUUUAUACUUUUCCUCAAGAAAUGAAAGAAACACUCAAAGCACAAGAACCAGAGAUCCCAGCAAUUCCAAAUGUUCCUCAAGAGAUUCACCCAGAAAAUGUUUAUAGUUAUGUUUUGUUUUAA